AUGGGGCCCCCGGCAGUGGAUGGCCAGCCAGACGCUGGGUUGAGGAGUUUGAAUCAUUACCGAAAUCAACUCCCCCCUUGGCGAUACUGGCCUCGACAGAAGCUUCUCCCGUUGGUACGAUACGAGACUCCCUACCUCGCCUGGUGCCAGGAGAAAAUCCGUACGCCGGCGUUGGACUCGUACUUUGCGUUCACGGCCAACCUCGGCACUCAUACGUUCUUCAUGGUCUUUUUGCCGAUCUUGUUCUGGAGCGGAUAUCCAAGCUUAGGACGGGGGAUGGUACAUUUACUCGCCUGCGGUGUCUUCUUCAGCGGUUUCAUCAAGGACCUGGUCUGCCUCCCGCGACCGUUAUCUCCCCCACUGCAGAGGAUUACCAUGUCUGGCUCUGCGGCCCUAGAAUACGGUUUCCCGUCGACUCACUCGACCAAUGCCGUAUCAGUCGCGGUUUAUGCUCUUUACCUGUUGAACUCUCCCGAGACGACGCUGAGCGAUGGCCUCAACUUUUCCCUCCAGACUAUAACGUAUCUGUACGUUACAUCGAUCGUUCUCGGUCGCUUGUACUGUGGCAUGCAUGGGUUCUUCGAUGUUGUAAUUGGCUCAGCGUUGGGUAUCAUAUUGGCUGCAUUGCAUUGCGCUUUUGAGGCAGCGAUAGAACAAUACGCCCAGACUGGUAGUGGAAAGCAGGUGGUGCUUGUUGUCCUCAUCAUCCUGGCUCUUGUCCGCCUCCACCCGGAACCCGCAGACGACUGCCCGUGCUUCGACGACAGUGUUGCUUUUGCGGGUGUGAUGAUCGGGGCACAGACGGCGUACUGGAGCUUGGCCAGAGCAAACGCUACCUGGGACACCCCCCAUCCUGCGACUCUUCCCCACUACCGAUAUGAGAAUAUAGGCUGGGCGAAAAUGGGUCUCCGUUUCGCUAUUGGAGUCUUCCUGCUUUUCGCGUGGAGGGAAGCUAUGAAACCAGCUCUGCUGCGGAUUCUCCCGCCGGUGUUCCGUGGACUGGAGAAGCUGGGAUUGAUUCUUCCCCGUCGGUUCUUUACAAAUGCCUCGCAAUACACUACGGUCCCCGCUCAACUAAAGGACCACGAAGUGAUGCCAAGCUUCUCAGAUAUUCCUUCCAUCGUCGCCAACAUCCGCCACCCGAGACGCCGCGCCGUUUCCAUUGGACCCCAAUCUGAAGCUGACGCCUACGAGACGCUCGCCUACCGCGAGAAGCGCCGACGGGACAGUCUUUCUAGCCCGUACCGGGGAUCUCCCGCAACAGAACCCGUGCAGGAAGAAGACGCCUCGACAUCUGCGACAUCCGUUCCGAGACUGUCGCGGAAACCAUCCAAACUGGACGAGUACGAGCACAUGAUGGGGCGGGGCACGACCGCCAUCGAUGUUAGGUCUCAGUCGCCCGAGGGGACCGAGCCAUUCCCCGAGUUUGUCUCGGACGAGCGCGACGAGGAGGAGCUGUUUGCUCAGAUUAAGCGGCCGCGUGUACGAUACGAUGUAGAAGUUAUUACGAAGCUGGUUGUAUAUUCAGGGAUUGCGUGGAUUGUUAUUGACGGGGCUGGGGUGUUGUUCGAGCGGAUGGGACUCAUGCCUACCGAAUGA